AGAGUUUCUUAAAUUCUUUUCCGAUUCUCCUUCAGUUCGUCGCCGUCAAACGCCGUUUAAAACGUAUUAGGCAUCGCCUCCGAAGAGCAAUUCAUACGACGAAUGUGCGAUAGUGGCGGCAACUAUGUGGAAGAAGAACACGAAGACGAAGAAUUCUGUGUGAAAGUAAAUCAAUGUCAUACCGCAAAUGAAUGGCAAGAAUUUACUCCCGACAACUCUUUCGCUUCACACGCGCCUCCCUCCCUCCGCCCUCUAAAUCCAUUGAUCGAUGUUCGUCUCCAUUUUGCUCUUUUGCAGAACCAGAUCUUUCACUCGACACCAUAAAUCCUCCUAGACAUAACCGAUGCCACUCGCUUCUUCAAUCAUGUCAGAGCAUAAGAGAAUUAGUUCAAAUCCAUGGCCAUUUGAUUACCUCGGGUCUAUUCAACCACCAUUUUUGGGCCAACCGAGUUCUAUUGCAGGCAUCGGAGUUUGGGGACAUCGUUUAUACUGUUUUGAUCUUUAAGCUUAUAAACGUUCCCAAUGCCUUCUGCAUCAAUAGAGUAAUUAAGGCUUAUUCUCUUAGCUCAGAUCCUCUAGAGGCUGUAUUUGUGUAUUUUCAAUGGCUUGGUGAUGGGUUUCGGCCUGAUACGUACACUUUUCUUUCGCUUUUUUGCGCUUGUGCGAGUAUUGGCUGUGGGUCUUCUGGGCGGAAGUGUCAUGGACAGGCUUUCAAGAAUGGGGUUGACUGUGUGAUGGUUUUGAGAAAUAGUUUGAUUCAUAUGUAUGGCUGUUGUGGCUAUAUUGAGCUUGGCCGGAAGGUGUUCGACGAAAUGUCGACCCUGGAUCUGGUGUCUUGGAAUUCGAUUGUUACAGCUUAUGCAAGAGUUGGGGAUUUGCAUACUGCCCAUGACAUGUUUGAUGCAAUGCCUGAGAGAAAUGUUGUUUCUUGGAAUUUGAUGAUUAGUGAGUAUUUGAGAGGUGGGAGUCCUGGCUGUGCAAUGAAGUUGUUUAGGAAUAUGAUGAAGAUAGGAAUAAGAGGGAACAGUACAACAAUGGUAAACAUUCUUGGUGCUUGUGGUCGAUCGGCGAGCCUGAAUGAAGGAAGAUCGGUUCAUGGUUUUAUGUACCGUACUUCGACGAAGUUCUGCGUAUUUAUUGGCACGGCAUUGGUUGACAUGUAUGGCAAAUGCCAGAGAGUAUGUAUUGCACGUAGACUAUUUGACAGGAUGCCAAAUCGAAAUUUGGUUACCUGGAAUGCGAUGGUUUUGGGGCAUUGCCUACAUGGGAAUCCUGAAGAUGGACUUAAGCUAUAUGAGGAAAUGGCUGCUAAAUUGAGGGAAAGAAAUGGGGAAGCAGGCAGUGGCAAGAAAUUCAAGCAAGAUGAAGGUGAGCGAAAAGUCUUCCCGGACCAAAUUACGUUUAUUGGCGUUCUUUGUGCCUGUGCCCGGGCGGGACUGCUGGAAGAUGCAAAUAACUACUUUGAUGAGAUGAUCAAUGUAUUCCUUGUGAAGCCAAAUUUUGCACACUACUGGUGUUUGGCCAAUGUUUACGUUGCAGCAGGGUUGAUUCAGCAGGCUGUGGAAAUACUUAGAAACAUGACCGAGGAUAUUGAGGACUUUUCAUCAGAAUUGGUUGUAUGGACCAACUUGCUUGCAACAUGUCGUUUCAGGGGAGAUGUUUCUUUGGGAGAACAGAUUGCAAACUAUUUGAUUGACAUGGAGCCUAAGAAUGAGUCAUACUAUAGAUUGCUUCUGAAUAUUUAUGCUGUAGCAGGGAGAUGGGAGGAUGUUUCAAGAAUCAAAGUAUUGAUGAAAGAAAAACGACUCGGAACAUUUCCGGGUUGUAGACUGGUAGACCUGAAAGAGAUUGUUCACAGAUUAAAAUUGGGAAAUCUUCUGCAAGAGACAAACACAGUGAUGCAUAAACUUGCUAGUGAAGUGAGUCUAUUGUCAACUAUUGCUGCAGGGCAAUCGGAUCUUAGAGUUUAGAACUGGUUUGCUAGCAAGAAAAAUGAAAUGUGUGGACACUACAGUAUACACAAAGAUCUCGAUACUUAAUGUUUAAGAUCUCGGGGCUUGUUCCUGUAUUAUGAAAAAGAUGAUUGGAAAGCUAGACUCACAGAUUAAGGCAAUCGCCCGAACAAGUCAUGACGGUAACAGCUUACAGCUACCCCAAGAAAGAGCACACAUCCCUGGAGAGUUUUGCUUUUAACAUCAUAUGAUAGCUGAGCAGCAGAAGGAAAAGGUUUGUUUUCCCUGCUCUUCAGGUUAUGAUGUUGGCUAUGUGGCAGAUUUAUUUCAAAGCCUUCUCUUCAACCUAGCUGCAUCUGAAGUGAAGGUAGAGCAAUAAUAGAUAGUUAUUGUAUUUCUUGUUCAUCGGAAUUCAAGACGAAUUUCUUGAGCAAUUGUUCUUGAUCUUUCUCUCGAUUCAAUCCUGUUCUAAUUCAUUUUUGAUUAUCAUGGAAUAACAACGGGUACUAAAAUUUUCAACUGUCA